AUGUAUACUUCUCGGCUUCUGGACCAUCGAAACGUCGGCAAUGCGCUAGUCGACUUUUGCCAACAGAAGAAUGUUAACCUGAUUUGUCCCAACUUGAAAGGGAGAGGCCAUCGUCGAAAUGAACCUCUCCUGAGCCUUCACGACGAGGCGGAAGAGAUAUUCCAGGCAUUGGUGCUCGCUGGAGUCUUUCCCGAUAAAGUCUUCUCCAGACAAAGAAGCCACCAUGCGGAGAUUGACCAGGCGACUGAGGACGGGGAGGAUUCUCAAUACAAGGUGCGAGAUGAACCAAGAAGGGACGAGGCAAGCAGCUUGGAAACCGUUUCCGAGACGAUUGACGCCGGGUUGGGGCGGCGCAUACGCGCAGCACACACGUGUGCGACGGAAAUCGUACCGGUCGGAAUCGUGUGUCAUAGCAUGGGAGGUUCUUUGGCUUUCGAAUUGCUGCGCUUGUUGUCUCAGCGCGCGGCUUGUAGACCAGCUUUUGUAAUCGUCUCGGCUUCAGGAGAUCCCGUAGACAAACGCAACCGUCCGUGGCGUAAUGUGUCAGAGCUCUCCGACGAAGAGAUGCGAACCGACCUCGUGCAGCGUUGGGGCAUGCGAUCGGAGGCUGCCAGACCCGAGGUUUGGAGAAUGAUCAAGGGCAUGUGUCGAACCGACUUGGUGGUUCUGGAAAAAUUUCCGGAGGCCUAUGACAUUCUCACGCGCCCGAGACUCAGUGCGGAACUGCAGGUGCACGGUUUCGUUGGGGAACAAGACAAAAAUAUGGACGUCGCCUACAUGCAGUCCAUAGAUGCCUGGAACUCAUGUGAAUAUUCUUGCCAGAUGGUGCCUGGGGCGAACCACGCACUAUAUCACAAUCUGGAUUCGAGAAACUUUAUGUUUGCGAAAAUCAUUGACAUAUCGACCAAAUAUCUGGCCGAGCACGCGCAACAGAAGAGGCACCAGACAAUCCAAUCGCAAGCCCAGUCAGGACAUGCGGUAGAUCUGCAACAAUCAGGGUACUUAGGGCGACCUAAGUACUUAGGGCGACCUAAAGAAAUGCACCCCGACCAGACGCCCUGGAUCCGUGAUUAUGCAGUUGCUGAUUCCGAGGGGGAAGAAGAAGCGUAUCUAAACUGCUUUUGA